CCACCCGUCGGCGUCUGCUCCCGGGCGCACCGCACCUCGCCCUGCCCUCCUGGGGCGGCCCCGGACCUGGGCGGGCCGAGAGCUCGGGUGUCUGCCCGAAGGUUUUCCUCGAACGUUGUUCUGAGCUUGCAGGCUUACAGCCUGCCGCAGGAACGCGCUUUUCUAGGCGGCAGCUUUGUGAGAUGGGAGGCUUUUGAGCGGGAGGCGGAGGUGAUGGAGAAAUGCGGUGGGAUUGGCACGUAACGGAGCCCGUGGGUCUUUUCCUUGGAAUAUUCCCUGAAACAACGCGCAGCCUCGCGCCGCGUCCUGCCCGCCUGAGCCUGUGCUCUGCCGUGCACGAAGUCCCCUGGGUUCUGCCGGCACUGAGCGCUGCGGGCGUUGGGUCGGUGCAGCCGACAGGUAACAGGGAGCGUUUCGGAGUUAGUAACUCAGCUCUCACCUCGUCCACACAGGAAGAAGCUGACCCAUCGCUUCAAGCACUUGAAUCCCGCCAGGAGGAGAUUCUUAAACGCCUGUAUGAGCUGAAGAGCGCCGUCGAUGGUCUCUCCAAGAUGAUACAAACUCCUGAUGCUGACUUUGACGUAACUCAUGUCAUUCACAAUGAUGAGUCUUCUCCUCUGACAACAAACGGAGCGGAUUUAGAUCUGAUGCUUGGAAAAGAUUAUGGUGCUCUGAAAGAUAUCGUAAUCAAUGCAAAUCCUUCUGUACCCCCCUUGUCCUUAUUAGUACUACACAGCCUGCUUUGUGAGCGCUAUAAGAUACUAUCAGCUGUUCACACACAUUCAUCUGUGAAAAGUGUGCCCGAAAAACUCUUGAAAUGCUUUGGAGAGCAGACAAAGAAGCAACCACGCCAUGAAUAUCAGUUGGGCUUCACUCUGAUAUGGAAGGAUGUUCCAAAGCCUCAGAUGAAGUUCAGCAUUCAAACCAUGUGCCCAAUCGAAGGAGAAGGAAACAUUGCUAGAUUUCUCUUCUCCCUUUUUGGCCAGAAGUACAAUGCAACUACUUCAACUCUGAUUGACAGCUGGGUUGACACAGCCAUCUUCCAGCUCAAAGAAGGCAGCAGUAAAGAAAAAGGAGCAGUCUUGCGAUCCAUGAAUGCUGCCCUGGGCAAGACAUCGUGGUUGGUGGGAAACGAACUCAGUGUAGCAGACAUUGUUGCAUGGUGCGUCCUUCAGCAGACAGGUAGUGCAAAUGCUGCACCAUCCAAUGUGCAGAAAUGGAUGAAGUCCUGUGAGAACUUAGCACCUUUCAGCUCUGUUAUUAAGCUACUGAAAUAAGUCUGUGCUGUUACAAACAGGGUGAUUUUAACCUUUUUCCACCCCAUGCCUACUGUCGUGGUUUGAAUCCUUUCUGAGAGCUAUUCAGUUUCUACAGUUGGACAGAAUUCUAAAAACAAUAAAAAUAUUACAGCUGCC